AUGUUGCAGGCGGCGUUCGAGCCCUACGGCCAGGUGCAGCACGUGAAGGUGAUCCGGGACAAGGGAGUGGCCUACGUCAAGUUCGAGAAGGCGUCGUCGGGCGCCCUGGCCAUGGAGAACCUCAACGGGGCCGUGCUCAACAAUGGCCGGGGCCCGAAGGUCAAGGUCCUGCUCGCCGAGUCGCCCAACGCGAGGAACUCCCCCCACACGCAGCGACAGCUCGACCUGGAGCUGGCCUUCGACCCCGACAACGUGCCGCCGCGCUCCCGCCUUUUCCUGGUGGUGCCCAAGACGGCCGACCCGCAGGCCAUCAAGGAGGACAUGGGGAAGUGCGCGGAUCUGGAGUACUGCAAGACGGACCUGAUCGCCUCCAAGGGCGUGGUGUUUUGCAAGUUCCUUAAGGCCUCCGCGGCGCUGAAGACCAUGGAGGGCAUCUGCGAUGCCGGCAUGCUCUGCGGCUACAAGGUGAAGUGCAUGUUGGCAGAGCCCAAGUCCAAGAACCCGCGCAUGGAGGGGCUCAUGCACGCGGGGUUCGGCCCCAGCGUUCAG